GAGUCGCGCCGACCGUCGAGCGCAUAGCAGCGCAAGAUGGUGUCCGCGUAGUGUGUGCGUGCGCGUGGGGAGUGGCGAUUCCAUUAAUUCUCGGUUGCGCCGUGGCGUGAAGAUUUUUUCGCACGUCGAUAGUCGCAGCCGACACGGGCCUGUGUCCGCUAGUCAUUGCAUUCCGAUCGGACGCGAGCAAGUGCUGCGUCGUGCCGCGCCGUGUGUGUUGUUAUCGCCUACCUUCCACAGGACGCAGGGGUGAGGCGCGCCGAAUGCGACUGCAUCCGCGCCGAUGGACCUUUGACGGCGCUCUCGUGCCGACCGAUUCGCGAACUGCGAAGAAGGGCUCCGGUGCGCGCCGCGACGGCCGUAACAGUUGUGCCCCGUGCCCAUGACGGCGGCGUGUUGAUACAGGGACACACCCCAUUUGUAUAUUGCGCCGCGCUAACAACCUGUCUGUGAUAAAAACAAAAAUAAGCAACUAACGUAAACAAAUCGCGCGAGCUCGUGUGCGCGCCGCAGCGAUGGCCGUUCGCAUGGACAACGUCGCCAGGAAACUUAACUACAAGAUGACAAGUAGUAACGGAGGCAGCAGAGCGCCGUUUCCUGGCGGCGUCAAGCCUCCAAUGGCUACGCAACAUCAGAACUUCCGCAGCGGCCAGUGGCCUAACCACACGAACUACUAUCAACGCUAUCCCCAGUACACGGCCAAUAGCACCGGGAACUACACGUCCACCUCGAAUUCGUAUGGAAACCAGAGGGUGCCGACUGCCGCCUCUCCCAGCAACACGAGCAGUUCCAGCAGCCACACGGGCAGUCAGAGCGGCACGGUAUCGACGUCGUUGAGCAACAACGUGCCCCAGGGCAAUGGAAAUGCCGCCUCCUCCGAGCAGCUAUCCAAGACCAAUCUUUAUAUACGUGGCCUCACACCCAAUACCACCGACAAGGACCUCGUUAACAUGUGUUCUCAGUACGGUACCAUUAUUUCAACCAAAGCCAUUUUAGACAAGAAUACAAAUAAAUGUAGAGGAUAUGGUUUCGUCGAUUUCGAAAAUCCGGCGUCGGCCGAGCGAGCUGUCAAGGCGCUGACUGCGAAAAACGUUCAGGCGCAAAUGGCCAAAGUGGGUAAUUGGUUGCAUCGUAGGCCCACUCAACAAGAGCAGGACCCGACGAACCUGUACAUCGCCAACUUGCCGACCACCUAUAAGGAGUCGGACGUCGACAAUAUGCUGUCCAAGUUCGGCCAGGUGAUAUCGACUCGUAUUCUGCGCGAUUCGGUGGGCGUCUCAAAGGGCGUCGGCUUCGCGCGCAUGGAGUCGAAGGAGAAAUGCGAACAAAUCAUCAACAUGCUCAACGGGCACUCUCUGCCCGAGAACAAGGAGCCGCUCCUGGUGAAGUUUGCCGACGGCGGUAACAAGAAGAAGAAUCUGUACAAGAAUAACGAUAACAACAAGGGUAUGAUCACUACAAUGAUCACCGGGGGCGACGGCAUUGCUGCCGUUAGUUACGACCCCAAUGCCCUGGCGCCUAACGGCGUUGGUCCGCACCAAGUCAUCCCUGGUACUAUUCCAAACUACGGUAGACACUUUUCACAGGUGCCCAGCUAUGCUCAGUGGGUGCCGCAGUAUGCGGUUAUGCAGGCGGCGGCGACCGUGCCGACCGUCGACGAUGGCUAUAACUUGACGGCGGCGCAUUUGGGCACCUACAAGAACGACGGGCAGCCAUCGCGCAUUUCGGUAGUCCUGCCAUCGGAGACUGCCGUUCCAUACCAGCAGAUUCUGCCGCCGCAGUACUCGUUUCAGUUGACCGCUCAGAUGGGCGCGAUGCAGAUCGGCACGGCUCCGUACAUCUCGCAUAACUAUCCGUACUUCUCGCCGUCGAUCAUCCACGCGAUGCCCAUGCAAGAUUCGGAGCACACUUCGAACGCUGCUAGCCCGGAGGACCCCUACCAGCCCUACCAGUCGAACACGCAAAAAUAAAUGACGAACACACGCAAAACUUCGCCGCCCGCCCGACAUCGCGAUACCGGUCGGGCGAUCCAUAUACUACCGGACUUGCGACAUUUACCAUUCGAUUACAAUUCGAAAAUUACGAUCACAUACAUAAAUGAAGAAACAACAAAUUCACACAAAACCAACAAAAAAUAUGAGAGAAUCGCAGAUUUCUACAAACAAAACAGUGCCAAUCUUCCGAUAUUUGUUGGCAUUGCCCGCAAAUAGUUUUAUUUUAUCGCGUUUUUUUUCUUCUUUAAAUUGAUUUUUGUUUGCUCGAUUUGUUGUAGCGUCUUAACGAACGGAAUGAAGCGUUUCUUUCGGCGACGAAACUAAAGAUAUGAGUUAUCUUAGCAAUUUUGCGUUAACUUGUUCGUUGGUUAGUAAUUGGCCGUCACUUGAUUGUGGGACUGAAGCAUUAAAAGAAUGUUCCUGUUUUGUAAAGUUGUGUAUCGGAAUAUCAAAAACAAAAAAAUUGAAACCAGAGAGUCUAAUGAAAGUUAUUAAGGAAUUUUACGCGCAGAGAGAAAAUUAAAUCGUUAAAUUACAUAUAAAUAUUUAAGUAUAGAAAACGGAGUCAAAAGUGGCUUUAUUUUUAUUUUCAUUUGGUAAACUGAACAAAAAAUUAUUGAGACGUUUGGGCUAAGGAAGCAGUAAGCUUGUAAAUAGUUAGCUUUUAGAUAAACACUAGGUCGAAUUGGAUUCUGAGAUUAGAGGAUGCGUUGGAGGAGGUGGAGAGAUUGGAAUUGAUAGCAAACCAUUUUUCAGUCAGUCAGAGCAGAGGGAAAGCGUCGGAGCGCCGACGGAUCGCAAGCAAUUGCGAUUGUAAAUAGAAAAAGUGUCGGCCAUUCGAUUCGAACUUAUUUUUAAAGAUCUUCCUUCAUUUUGUACGAAUCAAACGCUGCGAAGCGACAUUUGCAAAGUGUAGACAGUAAAAUGAUGAAAUUCGCAAAAGCAGGCGCACGCGUGCGACAAAAUUUUAAGGGUUAAUAAGAUUUUUAGAUAAUAAGUAAUAUUAAGUCACACUUUAUUUUUUGAACAUGUUACAUUACAUACAAAUGCAGUACCGCAGCAACGUUGAACGAAUAAAAAAGCUACUAAUACGCGAAAACUACGCCGCAAACUAGAAGGGCGACCCGGGUACGCACGUAAAUGCUCAUCAAACUAUGAAUGUCAGUUUAUUGACGUACUGAAUCAAACAUUUCUUCCUGGAAAACAUAUUAUAACAAGCGAAAAGAAAUGCGAGCCUCGGCGCGAAGGAGGCUAGACGUUAAGACGAGACAGACUUCCAAUAAAUGUAAAGUAUUAGUAACAUAACAAUCACGUUUCGACCGGCGCAGACAAGACGAAAUUGACACAAAAAAAAAUUUGCAAAACACAGAUUAUUCCGAUUCGAGUCCGCAGCGCACUCGUUUUCGUUUCAUUUCUGAAUUAUUAGUUCGAUUAGCAGUGGUACAACAACAGCACCGUGUAAGCGUAACAUUUUUGAAAGGCAUUCGAUUUUUGUGAGAAAUCGGGAAGCGAAGGAACGACUUUCAAUCGAGAUCGAGUAAUAAGACAAAAUUAGAUGCGAUUAGUUCUCUCGGUUUAACUAUAAAGGAAACAAAAUAACAUAAUACAAUAUAAAGGUAAAUAAAAUAACAUAAAAUAAAACGACUGAUAUUUUAUAUAUGAACAACUUACAAAUUGUUGAAUAGAUUACGGACGUUUUUUACGGACGGAUUUUUGAAAGUUUUUCGUUUUUCUCGAUGUUACAAACUUUGAAAUGAAACUAAUGCCCGAAUUUCGUUCCACACACACAGACAUACAGACACACACUGGCGGCGACGCGUACCGCCACCUGCGCCGCCGCCCCAACUGCGCGCAUUUUGCACAUUGAAAUGCGCGCAGUUGAUCAACGCGGUGCAUGUGUGGGGUGUCGCGCGCGCCCGCGAAUAUGGCUUUCCAUCGUUUUGUUUCAUCAGUUGUGAAUUCCCAUGAAUUACGGUUUUAUCUAGAAAUCUAGACUGAUGUAGCAAACGAAUUGCGAUUCGUGUAAUAAUUCAAUUAAGAAUAAUAACACUGCUUAGCGAGCAAAUGAAGUUCGAGGCGCCUUUCGAUUUGACACAACUUAUUAAGACCGAAGGAACUCACAAAUCUGUUAAAAAUUAGUCGUUUGUUACAUAACGUUUAAUGAGAGUUACAAAGACAACACACGAGCGGACGAGGAAUAAUGGAACGCAUUAACAAUAAACAAUCCGAAACACAGCAAGGGUUUUCUGGCAAAAAAAUAUAAAAGAAAUCACGAGAACGAAACACACGCAAAAAAAAAUAAUUGUCGAAUUGGGUACAAUUCGCACGGUAGGCUUGACAUUUUUAUAACGAAAAUAGAAUUUUUAUACACACUACUCAUGAUAAUCAUGAUUAAAGCAAAAUGGUAAUUGAUAAAAGAUACACAUUAAUACGUUUAAACAUAAAACAAUGGACUGAUGACAAACUAAUUAUAUUUUAAUUCAACUUAAUUAAUUCCGGAGAUUAUUACCAAAAAUUACUAGCGACUAAAGAAUUUAAAAGUUCAGCAAAUGAAGUUUAUCAUUCGAGGCGUCCUGCUAAUUUGAUUAGCAUGUGCUUCAGACGAAUGCGAUGUUGAGAAGGUGAAAUGCAGCAGAGUCGCAGGUGAAUGCGAAUUUCGGUUCAACGCAUUUCGUUGCUCGGAUGUUCCCUCAGUUUACAUUAAAGUUUAAAUGGUCUAGUCAUUAAAUUUGUAUAAAAUAGUUAUUUAAAUGUUAAUCAUAAAUUAAUAUAUUUUAUUAAUUUUAUACAUUACACCUACGAGACGAAGAAGAAAGCGAUGGGGCAGCGGGUAACAAUGGGGGCAGAAUGAUAGGAGGAUGCGCGAGAUGAGAGGAAUUGAAAGAGUCGAUUUUAUUUAUUUUUUAUUACAUAGGACUAUUAUUUUUGGAUAGCAAUUUUUAUUUUUGUGUUUAAUUAAUUUAUUUAUUAUUUCGUAUGACUCUUGCUAGUUUACGGUAGGGGUUGAUGGCGCGGGGCGCUGUUGUGAAGGAGAAACGCUCAAUUGUUUUUAUUUUUAACGGAUUUUCGCACCGCCGGAAAUCUGCAUAUUCGCGUCUGAUGGCGAAAUGCGUUGAACUCGCGGAAAUGACGAACGAACCACGAACGAAUUGUGAUCUUACGAGGAGCUGGAACAUGAAACAACACACGCGGACUAGACACGACCACUAGUUGAGAAAACAGGUUUAAAAGCCGUGCACUAUGAAUAACGCUGAUACGAACGCGCGCAGCAGCAAGCGAGACGAAAGAGAUUUCAUGAAAGAAAAUACACACGAUUGAAAAGUAAUUCGUACCGUGCCUUUUCAGAUUAGUCCAGACAGGGAUCUACUGAAAAAUAAAUUAAAUUGAAAAAGAAAAUGAAAAAAAAAUUACAUAAAAAUAUUUUAAUAUAUUUUUUUAAUAAUAACUAAAAAUAAAUACUUCAAAUAUGAAUGAACUCUUAAACCUAAACAGAAUAUGCGUUUACCAGUUAUCGAUUCACAGGAACAAAAGACAAGAGCCCAGAAAUUUUUACGAAAUCCAAACCGGAAAUUACCUGCAAUCGGCUUUCAUAUUCGGUCGAUGAAUUUUUUAUUUCGAGAAUCUGGCUUUCCUUCAGUUAUCAAAUGUCACACAGAGGAAAUACUUAUAGUGAUGUAAUAAAUAAUUAAAUUUCAAAGAACGUACACUAGAGAUCUUAUUUAAUUUAUUUAAGCGUAAUGUUAAUGAAGCUAAUUAAGAAAUAGUAUCAAGUAUUACAAAAUGGAAACACACACACUAAAACGCGCCUUCAGAAAGUUUUUAUUUGUUGCUAUUGCAAUGAACAAAUAAAAUGUGGGAAUUCGGGAAUGUACUGAUAAGCAAAUUGGUCGGAUGAGUGCAAAUUUAAGUUGUUAUUAAUUUUGUAAUGUUCAACCACACCCAGUUAGAUGCGUUUCGAAGUUUAACGAACCUGCAAAAUUCCAUUGAUACGACGAUAGCAAAAAGUGAUGCGAGAGUCUGACAAACACACACUGAAAAAUGAAUUCGAACUAGAACGAAACAAAACACGGCACAUGUAUUUAACUUAAAAUCAAAUCAAAAGCCACAUUUUCGACCGUCACCUGGAAAUGUGUAAUGCAAAAAUAUCUUAACAUUCACACACUUAGUAAGAGAUGAUCCUUUAUGAGAUGACAGAGAUGCCUAUUUAUACAGAAUUUUAAAAUUAACAUUUACUAUACAACACGAUUACAUUAUUUGUCAAAACCAAGUAUAAUAAUGGAAAACCUUUGUACAUAAACCUUAAAUGGGAGGAAAACAAAAUGAAAACCAAACGACUAUAAAUGAAAUGAAAAACUAAUGCUAAGUUUACGCGUAGUUAGCGUUGUAUGUAAAUUUAAAUCGAUAGGUGUUGGCGCGACUCGGACGGUCGCGAGAGAAGACACAAAAUAUGGGAAUGCGAUGUGCUGAUGUGCAUGCAGAGACAGUUAACUGAUACGUUUCGUUCUUUUUUACACGACACUAAAGUGGAUUCAACGCAAAACUAAAGUAAAACAAAGAUUAAACGAUGAGACGACGGGGCGAUGAUAAACGUAGAGGAUGAAUACUUAGUAACGUAAUGUAUUUAGCUAACGAUAAAGAAAACAACUAAGCGUAAGACUAACUCUAAGCAUUAGACUGUAGGUACAUAGGGAUUAGACACAUAGAUUUAUAAAUUAAGUAGUAGCUAGACUUAACAAGGCGACGCGAGCAGGAUACGAAUGUUAGUUGUAAUUAAGUCAUUGAUAUACAAAAGUCUUCGAAGGAAGCGAGGCGAGUCAGACGACGCGCAAUGGUUGCGCGCGAGCAAGUUGGCAGAUUCGUAAUUUGCGCUGAGAGAAAAAAAAACCAAUUGAAAAAUAUAUAUAAAAAUAGCUUCUUUAGUUGUUUAGAUGGGGCUUUUACCUAUUAGCGUUAGUUUUUAAGUAACAUUAAGAAAAAUUCUAAUAUUAAGUAAGCUUAAACUGGAAUGUGUGCGCACGAACUUAAUCGCUGCGAGAGGAGUGGAACGACACCGAGAACGGUUAAUGCGUAACGGCGAGGAGCGAGAAAAGUCGAUUGGGUGAAAAGCUUAAACAAGACUUUAUUUUUGAGUCACUUUUGAACAUUUUUCAAGUCAAACUUAAAAAUGGAGGUAGUAACGGACUUUGCUUCUCUCUUUUGAGGAGGUACGAAGAUUAAAACGGAGAAAAUGAAAACUAUUUGUAAUUUAUAGUUUUAAGUCCUAGUUAAGUAGUUAGUUAGUGAUUAUAAAAAUUAUUUAAAAAAUUGAAAGAAUAUUUAUUAGUUUUAAGUUCUUUUUUUAUUAUAAUAUUGAAUACGGAUAGUUAAGAUUUAAGUUUACAUGAAAUGAUAAUUAAUUAAGAAUGUUGUUAUGGACGCAUUGGAUUUGAUGUUUUCUUUCUUAAACCAAACACGUUUCGUUGUGCCGCCCGCGGCGCGUUUUUAGAAUUGUCCUAUGGCGACUGAUUUUAUACUGCUGAGGAUGUAAAUUGCUUGAUAGUGCCAUGGCGCGAGUUGCUCUUGAAUUCGGGAAUAUCAAUGCGAAUCCAAUGCGUUCAAAUCGUGCGUCGUUUUUUUUUUUUUUAGUCAUUUGUUCGCGAGUUUCUUUUGUAUCAAUCGUUAUUCGUACUAGUACAGCCUGCAUGUAAUGAUUUGCAGCUCGUUGCGAGCGCCUUCUUUGUUCUUCAGUCGAUCUUAAUUAAUGUUCACAUUUUUGUACAUUUAUUUUCUGAUUUCGAUGUGUUUUUAGUCGUAAGUUACGUCUUAAGUCGUUUUUAAAUCUUAAGUACAUACCUAGUUUGUAAAGUAGUCCAAAAACAAAAAUGCCGAUCUUAUUUUCGUUCCCGCUGUGUGGAGUGGGUGGGAAAUUGUGGAAAUGGUCGAGAAACGAAACAAGUGUAUGUUUGCUUAUUUUGCGAAAUGCCAUUGAAGUUGAGUCAAAGAACAUUGCGAACCUAACGCAAAUAUGAUGAAUGUUUUUGUUGGAUAUAGAAAUUACUUGACGGUGAACUGGAAGGGAACUAAGUUUAAUGAUAAAAAAAAAGUUAGAGAUAAGCAGAAAAUAAGGAAGCAGUUUGUUAGGAACGUGCGAAUGCUUAAUUAUUGAAGAGCCGGAAAGCAACUAAAGCGAUGAGAGUAAGAAUAAGAUGAAAGAGACACAGAGAUAUAAUAGAUAUAAGUAUAAAUGUUUUCUAUUGUUGCGUAUGGUAAACGAGAAUUAGUUGAACAAAUUGAGAGAAUGUUGAGAAAGCAGAUGAUUUUGUUUAUUGAUUUGUUCCGUUUAAACAAUUCCUAAAGAAUUCGACAUGGUGGUCUUCCGCAUCCUGUGGGCCACGACAUGAAUUGAAGCGAGUAUGUGUUUGAUGUUCUACGGGAACGUUAUCAAAUUAUACCUAACAUGGAGGAAAUCAUUUAUUUUUUUGUUUUUUUUUUGCGUAUGUUUGUAAGUUUUAUUUUUCUGUGUUGGUAAAAUAAAACUGUACUUGUCCAGGAUUUUUACCACGAGAAAAA